GGUCAGUGAGACUCCAGGGUGGCAAGAAUGAGUUUGAAGGUACAGUGGAGAUAUAUUUGAAUGGAAUCUGGGGAACAAUCUGUGGGAGUCAUUGGGACAAUAAUGAUGCAACAGUCAUAUGUCGACAGCUUGCACUUGGUGAAAAAGGUACAGCAAAACACAUACCAUUUUCUGGACUGGGCCUUAUUCCUGUUUACUGGAGUGAAGUGCGUUGUCGUGGUGAUGAAGAAAAUAUACUGUUAUGUGAAAAAGACAUCUGGCAGGAUGGAACAUGUCCUCAAAAAAUGGCAGCUGCUGUCACAUGUAGCUCUUCCCUGGCCCCCGUCUUUACUCCGAUCCGGCUGGCUGGUGGGAACAACCCUCACGAAGGAAGAGUAGAAGUCUACCAUGCUGGCCAGUGGGGGACUGUCUGCGAUGAUCAGUGGGAUGACGCAGAUGCUGAAGUUGUCUGUCGGCAACUUGGCCUUGGGGGUGUUGCCAAGGCGUGGAGCCAGGCUUACUUCGGAGAAGGCUCAGGCCCGGUGCUGCUGGAUGAGGUGCGGUGCACGGGAAAUGAACUAUCUAUAGAACAGUGUCCGAAAAGCUCCUGGCGAGAACACAACUGCGGCCACAAAGAAGAUGCUGGUGUUUCCUGCACACCUCUCACAGAUGGUGCAUUAAGGCUAACAAGUGGGAAAGGCAGUCAUGAGGGACGCCUGGAGGUCUAUUAUACUGGGCAGUGGGGCACAAUCUGCGAUGAUGGGUGGACAGAGCUGAAUACACAGGUGGUUUGCCGGCAGCUGGGAUUUAAGUAUGGAAAAAGUGCACCUGAGAGCUACUCAGAAGGCAGCCCUGGGCCCAUCUGGUUGGAUGAUGUCAGCUGCUCAGGGAAGGAGACAAACCUUCUGCAGUGCUCAAGGAGGGAGUGGGGAAAGCACGACUGCAACCAUCGGGAGGAUGUCAGACUCGUUUGCCAUCCAGAUAACGACAGCCAUAAACUCUCACUUGGUCCUCCCAUCAGGCUGAUGGAUGGCGAGAAUAAGAAGGAAGGACGUGUAGAGAUUUUUAUCAAUGGCCAGUGGGGCACAAUUUGUGAUGAUGGAUGGUCUGAUAAGGAUGCAGCUGUAGUCUGUCGACAGCUUGGCUACAA